AGUCUUUGUCGGUAAUUGUAAUAAUAGUCUAAACUGCUGCAGGAAGUUUUUUCCUCUGACACACAGACAUAUAAACACACUGACACACAUGCAGUAAAUAAUGUAAUUUGAGGUUAGGGCAGUUCAGUCAUUGGCAACAGAUUCAGGUCAAGUUAUUAAUUGUAUGUGUGAUUCAGAGAUGUUAGUUAACCAACUGGGCUGUCAAACUGGAUGUGAAACCAGAUCAGAAGUGGGUCACAUGCCAAUGUUUCUUAAAGUGUCAUUAGUAUCAUCAAAUACAACAACAACAAAAAGUCACUCUUAGUGGGGAAAGAAAAUAAUUUACAAUUACAUAAUAAACUGUCAAAAAUCCAUUUACUAGGAUUUUCUGUCUGAUACAUGUGUUCUCUGCCAUAUUACAUUUUUAAUUUAUGCCAGUUACAUACACUACACACAUCUAUUUUGUUGAUUGUAUUAUAGAUUAUAUGUAUUUCUACCAACUCAAAACGAUACCUGUAGCAUUCCGUCUACCUCUCUCUCUGUCUAUUUACUUCUACCUGUCUCUCUCUCAGCCUACUCGUGCUCGCUGUCGUGCGGCAGGAAGCAGUGCAGUGUUUUUUUUACUGUGCGGUCAUCUGUUCACAUAUAGACGAUCUUGUCCUGUCAGCCCCGGCACGUGCGAAAAGGGCGGAGCUCACCGUGACUUCUCCGCCCCUCCCCCCUCGCUUCCCCCUCUGCGUCACGUUUCCCUCCUGUCUACGGAGUGUGUGUUUGCGCGAAGCUGAAAUGUCGUCGGAGAUUGGCUGGGACGCCGUGAAUGUAGGUCAGGAACUGCCAGUACCAACAGGAUUAUUAUCAGCUCUCCUUGACCUCUUUGACCCGAAUCCCUCUGGCAGAGACGCCACCAGCUGACAGGGACUGAAUGGCACCAACUUAAUAAACGCCCACUAUCGCCCCCAAGAGGAAAGGAAGAAGGAGGGAAGCAGUGAGACGACCGGAGAGAAUUCACCUGAACCCGAACCAGCAGCACUUUCUAGCAUGGCGGCCAACAGGGAGCAGCAGGUGCGGCACAUGACCGGCUACCCCCGAGCCAUGUAUCCAUUCGCCUUCAACUCCAUCAGAAGCCACUCCCACUUUGACCUGCUGGCCAGCAGCCACCUUUUUGGCCGUUUUGGUGCUGACCUGCCCAAAGAGAUGGCAGCAUUGUCGGUGGAGACCCAGAGCACCAGCUCCGAGGAGAUGGUGCCCAGCUCUCCUUCACCUCCUCCUCCUCCCCGGGUCUACAAACCCUGCUUUGUGUGCCAGGACAAGUCCUCUGGUUAUCACUAUGGAGUGAGCUCCUGUGAGGGAUGCAAGGGUUUCUUCAGGCGCAGCAUCCAGAAGAACAUGGUGUACACGUGCCACAGGGACAAGAACUGUCAGAUCAACAAAGUGACGCGCAACCGCUGCCAGUACUGUCGGCUGCAGAAGUGCUUUGAAGUUGGCAUGUCCAAAGAAGCGGUGCGUAACGACCGAAACAAGAAGAAGAAGGACGUGAAGGAGGAGGUGGUUCUGCCGGAGAACUAUGAGCUGAGUGGAGAGCUGGAGGAGCUGGUUAAUAAAGUCAGCAAAGCUCACAGGGAGACGUUCCCAUCCCUGUGUCAACUGGGAAAAUACACCACAGUGAGUGCUGGUUUGAAACCCUGGCUCCUCUGUUAACACAGUCACUGCUCACAGACACACAUAUAUAUAUAUAUAUAUAUUUCUCUAAUUAUAUAUAUGCUGAGGAUAUGCACUCGUUACACACCGGAGCAGGACACCAUGACCUUCUCCGAUGGCCUGACUCUCAACAGGACUCAGAUGCACAACGCUGGCUUUGGUCCGCUCACAGACCUGGUGUUUGCCUUCGCUGGUCAGCUGCUGCCUCUGGAGAUGGACGACACGGAGACGGGGCUCCUCAGCGCCAUCUGCCUCAUCUGUGGAGACCGCAUGGACCUAGAAGAGCCGGAGAAGGUGGACAAGCUGCAGGAGCCCCUGCUGGAGGCUCUGAAGAUCUACACCCGCCGCAGACGCCCCAACAAACCUCAUAUGUUUCCACGCAUGCUGAUGAAAGUCACAGACCUGCGAGGAAUCAGUACCAAAGGAGCAGAAAGAGCCAUCACACUGAAGAUGGAGAUCCCAGGGCCCAUGCCUCCUCUGAUCAGGGAGAUGCUGGAGAACCCUGACGCCUACGAGGACAGCAGCGACUCAGGAGACAGCGCCACCCCUGCUGCCCCCACCACCCCCACCGACCCCCCGGCCAAGCCAGCCAUCAAGCAGGAGGAGAAAGCCACGUACGAGUCUGCCGUGGAGGAAGAGGAGGACGAGGAGGAGGACGAUUACUGGGACGAGGAGAAGGAGCGAGGGGCGGACAGUGACGGCGAGCCGUGGGGGGAGGCGGCGGCGGCAGCGGUGGCGGCUGCAGCGGCGAAGAAGGGUGUGACUGGGAGCACGCAGUGAGGUGGACAGGACGGCGCUGCUCCCUCCUCCUUCCACACGUCAGCGAGCGGUGGCUGAUGGAGAAAAGCUCACGAUGUCAGGCUCUUACUGGAACAAUCCGAUACCUGCAGCACAUACUUACAAAUACUGUCACAUACUCUGGACUGGAAGGAAGGUGUGUUUCAGUUCAAGGAGAAGCAAAAGCACUAAAUGUCAGUGGAUUGAGGUGAGCACUGCUUAAAAUCACUGUGCCAAAAUGAGACUUUUAAAAACAAGGAAAAAAAAAAUAUUUCAAAAGUGUUGAGUCCACACCGGGUGGAACCAGAAGAAAAUGCACUCCUCAGUUAUCUAUAAGGGCUAUGCUGUGUAUAAAAAAUGAUGCUCAUUUACCAUUAACCAACAGAACUCUACGUGGUGCCUAGGUGGCGCUAUCGUUCUCUCGAAAUUCCUUUUUAUUACUAUUCAGAGAUACGCCUCUUAUUUUUUUAUUGUACUUUUUUUUUUCUUAACAUGUACACAUAUCUGUUUCGUGCCUGUUUUUUGGGUCUGUCUUUACGCCUGUUUUUCUCCUUCGUCUUUUCUUUUUUUUUUUUUUUCUGCCUGCCUUUUAUCUGACUGGACAUGUGUGUAUUUGUUCAAGCUUCUCUGUGUGUUUUUAUGGAUCUGCUUCAUGUGACCCAGUACAAAGCAAUAGAACUAGGAACGGGCCGCGGCCAGGUCAUGAGCAGGACUCAAACACACGAUUGUUGGUUCGAGUCCCAGUCGGUAUGUGAUGUUUAUAACAUCAGCCGAUGAUAGGAACUUUGAACUUUUGGUGCUCGGUCUGCGUGGAAUUCUGACCAAUGAAAUGUUCAUCUCUCAACCUUAUGAUAAUCGAUUAUUUACACUCAUGAAUUGUACAUAUCAUCAAAGGGUACAUUAAUGUAAACGCAGUCUCAGGUUGGUUCAAUACGAGGCCACUCGUCGUCCGUCUACAAACAGCAUUUACUUAAAAAAAGAGAGAGAGAGAGAGAGUUUCUAUUAAUGCAAUGAAAACUAAAAUCUGCAGUUUGGUGAUUUACUUGAAUUUCCAUUUCCAAUAGGCAAAAGGGACGAAUCUGAUUAUUUUGGUUAGAAGAUAAAGAAAAUGUAUACAUAGGAAUUGACGGUUUAUUGCUGCCUCAUGUUGACUUCAGCUCUCUCUUUUAACUGUUUAGAAAUCAAGGUAUUUAUAUAAACAAUACGUCAAGUAAUUACUAGAUCACAGAUUUGAGAUUUUUCUAUGCAUUUAGGAGAGUUUUAACAACUUCUGGUUUCAUUUUAUGUGGUUUUUCCACCUUUGGUAUGAAAACUGACUCCAGUUCAGCCAAACUGUUUCUCUUUUAUAACCAAUGACAGAAGAAUCAACGUUAGAGACGUCAUCCCUACGGCUGUUUACAUCACAGGAAACCUCAGGUGUGUGUGUUUGCGUGUGUGUGUUUAUAGUUAGUGUGACCUUGUGCAGAUGUCAUGAGAGUGUCAUUGCUGCCAUAAGCAUUUAUGCAAAAGUGGAAUAAGUAAAUAUGUGGGAGAGAAGGAGAGAAGGGGGGGUUAAAAUGAGAAAAAAAAAGAUGAAAUGUUUUUAAGCUAUCACAACCCAAAGAAGGUUCUUUCUAUAGACGGAGAAGACAACGAUGUGAUGCUGCAGAUUUGGAUAAAGAAUGAAUUACAUCUGAUUUUCUGACUGUUUUUAAGCCUACAAGUUUGGACUGUUGAAAUCCUCUGGUUCUCCACCAGCUUCUCUUCGUGUUAAUGAUCGGCUCAACGCACACGUUGGUGUUGGAAACGUUUAAAAAUAUUCACUGUAAAGGUGAAGGUAAAGGUAAAACCAGCACUGAGUUCAGUCUCUACAGCUGGUUUUUAACUUCAAUUUUCUUCCUUUAAAACAAACCAAAAAAACUACAAAAUCUGUCUUUUUUUUUCUUUUUCCUUUGCAAAUGUAAACCCGUGCAAUAAGUUAGCCUUAAACACGACACAUGUUAAGGCUGGGUUUAUAAAUGUACACCAGAAAGACCAAAGAUACAAUCGACAAUAGCGUGGAUCUAGUUAGAAAAGUACGUUUGAAGCUUUAUUUGUCUUUAUUUUGCAUUAAUCCAUAUGCAGUAUGUAUCGUCUUUAUUUUAACCUCAUUCUGUUCUGUGGAAAUAUGUUAUUCCUCGUUAUGUUAUGUGGAUUUCUACACCUAAUGAGUUGCUUCAGGUUGACUUUUAUCAUAAUUGGACCAACGCACGAAUAGAGAAGGAGAGGGACACAAAGACUGGCCUCAUGUUCUUGUUCUGAUGUAAAAUUUAUAUAUAUAUAUAUUAAUGUUUUUUUGUUGUUAUUUUGUGGUUUAUCGUUUGCUCGAGCUUAUUUUCAUUUUUGUCGUUCUUGUAUUUUUAUAAAGGCGCUUUUUGUUCUCA